UGAGUACAGUUUCCGAGUCUCUCUUUUCAGUUUGGACUACCGGCAGUGUGUGAUCUUGUGAUUUAUUAUAAAUUAAUUUAUUUCAUUUACAAUGGCUGAAAAUAAGGAAAGAACCUUUAUCAUGAUCAAGCCUGAUGGCGUUCAACGUGGACUCGUUGGAAAAAUUAUUCAAAGAUUUGAAGAAAAAGGUUUCAAACUUGUGGCCAUGAAAAUGGUUUGGGCAUCCGAGGACCUUCUCAAAGAACACUAUGCCGAUUUGUCUUCCAGACCAUUCUUUCCAGGUUUAGUUAAAUACAUGAGCUCUGGUCCAGUAGUUCCAAUGGUUUGGGAAGGAUUAAAUGCAGUUAAAACUGGCCGUGUAAUGCUUGGAGAAACAAAUCCAAAAGAUUCAGCACCUGGUACCAUCCGUGGAGAUUUCUGUAUCCAAGUUGGACGUAACAUUAUUCAUGGAUCGGACUCAGUCGAAUCAGCUCAGAAAGAAAUUAAACUUUGGUUUGGCGAAAAAGAUAAGAAAGAAGUUAUCGAUUGGGCAUCAUGGGCUGAAAAGUGGAUUUAUGAAUAAGUGUUCAGUGAAUUUAUGAUAAACUAUGUUAAACAUACGAAAAUGAAAGAAUGUUGGCAAGAAUUAUAAGUUAACUUAAAUAAUUGGCUAUCUUGUUAAAAUCAUUCACUGCCAAUUUAUUAUUGAAUUGUUACUUGUAAUGAGAUCAAACGUUUCUUAGUAAGAUCCCAAAUGUUAUUUCAAAAAAUAAAAUGUAUUUCCAUUCCUAUA